AUGGCGGGGAGGAAAUCCUCUCCUCUGUUGCUGCUCUUAUGCAGCGUUGUCCUGUUCUGUGGACAGGCUUUCUCUGCAGCUGCUGUUUUAGGCGUCGAUCUCGGCACCGAAUACAUCAAAGCCGCUUUAGUUAAGCCUGGCAUUCCUCUCGACAUCGUCUUGACCAAAGACUCUCGACGAAAGGAAACAUCUGCCGUCACCUUCAAACCUCCUCGAGGCGGUCCCAAGGAGGGCUCGUUCCCCGAACGGCUCUAUGGCUCCGACGCCAUGGCCCUUGCCGCCCGCUUUCCCGGCGACGUCUACCCGAACCUGAAGACGCUUCUUGGUCUGCCUGUUGAUGGGAGUCCCAUUGUCCAGGAAUACGCAGCACGGCAUCCGGCACUGAAGCUUGAAGCCCACGAGAUCCGAAAGACAAGUGCGUUUAAGAGCAGUGGUGCUUUUACCGCUGACCAGGAUGCGUGGCUUGUCGAGGAACUCCUGGCCAUGGAGCUGCAGAGCGUUCGCCGGAGUGCCGAAGCUGUCGCCGGGCCGGGCUCAACUGUGCGCUCCAUCGUGAUCACGGUGCCGCCAUUUUACACUGUGGAGGAGAAGCGUGCCGUUGAGCUCGCCGCUGAUCUCGCGGGCCUCCGUGUGCUGUCUCUGAUCAGCGACGGUCUCGCAGUCGGUCUGAACUACGCAACCAGCCGACAGUUUCCCAACAUCAACGAUGGAGGCAAGCCCGAGAUCAACAUGGUGUUUGACAUGGGCGCUGGGAGCACAAAAGCAACGAUCCUCAAGUUCCAGAGCCGCAAGGUCAAAGACGUCGGCAAGUUCAACAAGACUAUCCAGGAAGUUCAGGUGCUGGGAAGUGGUUGGGACCGAACUCUUGGUGGUGACACGCUUAACGCACUGAUUAUCGACCACAUGGUUGCCCAGUUCAUUGAGACGUCUGGUGCCAAAGCUGCGUCCGUUGCUGCCGAAAGCAUCAAGUCCCAUGGGCGGGCGAUCGCAAAGCUCUCGAAGGAGGCUGAGCGGAUCCGCCACGUCCUCAGCGCCAACCUGAACACGGCUGCUAGCUUUGAAGGCCUAUUCGAAGAUGUCGAUUUCCGCUACAAGAUCAGCCGGGUGGACUUUGAAAAAAUGACCGAGUCCCAUGCAGAGCGUGUCGCAGCAGCUGUGCAGCAGGCUCUAGACGCAGCCAACCUCAAAGCUGCCGAUCUCGACUCGAUCAUCCUUCACGGCGGUGCCACUCGGACUCCCUUUGUUCAGAAGCAGCUUGAGCAAAUAUUCGGAAGCUCUGACAAACUGCGAAACAACGUCAACUCUGAUGAGGCCGCCGUCUUUGGUGCCGGUUUUCGCGCUGCUGAAAUUAGUCCCAGCUUCCGUGUUAAGGAGAUUCGGGUUGCGGAUGGUGCUGCCUAUAGCUCCGGCAUGAAGUGGACAAACGAGAAGACCCAAAAGGUCCAGCAUCAGCAGCUCUGGACGCCGACGUCCCAACUAGGCACGGCACCAAAAGAGAUCACCUUCCACAACAAGGACGAUUUUGCCGUCGAGUUUUACCAGCUUGUUCCUGAUGCCGCCGGACAGAUCGUCCAAGCUCCCACCAAGGUGGUCACUACCAAGAACCUGACAGAAACCGUUGCCCUGAUGGGGGAGAAGUACUCUUGCGAACCUAGUGCAGUCGAGCUCAAGGUCGGCAUGCGGCUGAGCAGUGAGAAUGGCGAGGUGGAGUUCACCAAGUUUGCUGUUGAGUGUGAGACCGAGGAAGAAAAGGAAAGCAUUAUGGACGGUGUCAAGAACCUGUUCGGCUUCGGGAAAAACAAAGACCAACAGCCUCUGAAGGACGCUGAGGGAAGCGAUGAGUCUGCCUCCGAAUCUGCCUCGUCAGAGUCUACAACCAGAAAAACAACGUCUUCUACGGCAUCGAACGGGACUAAGAGCUCGUCAGCCAGCGCGUCUACUUCUGCCACUGCGUCAUCAUCUACUCAUACCAAAAAGGUCACGAUCUCCGUGCCGGUCAGUUACGAGGUAGUGAAGGCAGGCAUUCCCCAGCUUUCGAGAGCCGAUAACUUGAAGCUUAAGGACCGACUAGCAGCCUUUGAGGCCUCUGAUCGCGCACGUCAGCAGAGAGAAGAGGCUCUCAACCAUCUCGAGGCUUUCACGUACCGCGUGCGUAGUCUUCUUGAGAAUGAGGAUUUUAUUGAGGUGUCAACUGAAGUCGAGCGGGUCCUUUUAGAGCAGAGCGGCCUCGAGGCGAGCGACUGGCUCUACGGAGAAGGUGCCGAUGCCUCCCAUGAGGAGCUGAAGGCGAAGCACACUGCAUUGAAAGAGCUGGUCGACCCCGUUGAGUCCAGAAUCACGGAGCACGAAAAGCGGCCGGCGCUUGUCACAGGCUUGAAGGAAGCCCUGGAGCAGAUCAAGUUCUUUGGGAAAAGUAUCCGGGAUCGCAUUGAGGAGUAUGAAAGCUACCAAGCCUCAAAGACGGUGUCGUCAAGCACGACAUCAUCCUCCUCCACCGAAGAUGCACCAACUGCUGCGGCUUCUGUGGACGACUUUGCUGGACUCGAAGACGACGAGGCGACAACGACGGCAGCAUCCAAUGCCGGUGCGAAAGACGGUCUUGUCGAAGACGACGGUCCCGUGCCGCCCGUGUACACGCUCGAAGAUCUCGCCGAGUCUGAAGAACUCUACCUGUCGGUUUCCGUCUGGCUUGCCGAGAAGGAAGAGGCACAAGCGAAACUUGGCCCGAAGGAGAACCCAGUGCUUACGAUCGAGGAGCUCAAGGCAAAGCGAGACCGCGUCGACAAGGUCAGCAUGGAUCUGGCCAUGAAGGCUGUGCGCAAGAUGGAGAGCACGAAGAAGAAGGCCAAGUCGAGCACGAGCAAGAGCAAGAGCAAGUCGUCAAGCAAGACAAAGACGUCCAAGUCUACCAAAACUAAGUCGGCUACGAGUGAGACAGCAUCGUCUGCUACUUCGGCCGAGCCGAUACCCACGGAGGCGAGUGGCAAGGAGCAGAGUGACACAGUAAAGCACGAGGAGCUUUGA